AUGAAUGAUAGGUUGCCCGAUGUGUUUUCACAAGUCUUGAAGAAGUACUCUGAAGUUGCGGACUAUAAAGGGUCGUAUGCCGAUCCGAAAUUUAAGGAUCUCCUCGUGAUUGCGUGUCGAUUGUGUGAAAAUGCAAUGAACAUGGUUAAUGAACUUUGCUUGUUUAGCGAAAACGAAAGCCUAGACGAUCUAAGCUCUGCCGAAAUAAGAUACAUAUGUCUUCCUGCAUUACUUGGUUAUUUCAACUCUCAGAAAAACGAAGAUCGGCUAUCUUGUAUUCGUUUGGCUUUGUCUCUCUACAAGGACUUUUUCAAACUUUGCUCAGAUUAUGGCGUGUUGUUUCCAAGUGGAGUAUCUUGGGAAAAAAACAACCACAGUUCCGGUCAGCCCUCAAUGUCAGAUCUUGCACACGAUCGUGAAGUCAAAAUAAAACGUUAUAAAUCAAAGAAAGCGCUAGAAGAACGCUUGGAAAAGCUUGCGUCGUACGUGGACCAACCUCAUGUUGAUGAAGAAACCAAGCGUGAGUUCAAUUUAACUCUUGUUCAAAGAUGGCUUUGCGUCGCGCAAGAUGAUAUAAUCAGUCUACAAAAUGAACUGGACAUUCUCGAGAAAGGCAGUCCCAUGAACGAGAAUAACAUAAAUGUGACCAGAUCAGAACCUUUGCGACCAUUUAUAAUAACUCGGUCAGCUGCACAAGCUGCAGUGUUCGGCGCUGGUUAUCCAAGCCUUCCAACAAUGACUAUUGAGGAGUUUUAUGACCAACAGGUUGCAGCUGGUUUAUUACCUCCCCCAAAACCUAUUCUUCAAAGUGGAUCACGACCAAAUGUGGUGCGAAUUGAUCCAUCAGCAGAAGAACGUGAAGCUGAGGAAAAGAAAAAGGCUAACCAAGAUGAAUUAGAGGAUGCCGAUGAUCCUGAUAUGUUGUCAAAAGCUCGAUCAUUCGAUGAAUUCAAAGAUGAACAUCGUAGAGGUAGCGGAAACAGAAUGAAUAGGGCUUGA